AUGGCUCUCUGCGAUGACAACGGCGGCAACGCGUGGGGAGGCCUUGGGUCUUAUAGAGAAGCUAUUGGUUCACGGUUAGACUUGUACCGCGACAAUAAGGGUAUGUUUUUCACCCUCUAUUCGGUGGAUCCUUUGGCAAACCAUGGUAUGUCCUUCAGCAUCGUUUUCACCAUGAGUAUCUACCAGCCGAACACCCCGAUGGUACUUGUCUUCGUCAUCAAACCUGCAAGCCUCGAUAGCCGUUUAAGUUAUGCUCUCAUGAAUGUGAAUAGUUCUUGUUCGACAGCCACUGCAUCUCGCAACGUUGCCGGCAGCCACGUCUAUGCCCAAAUCAAUGCACUUGACAGUAUAGCACCUGCCAUCUGGGUACAUAUUUGCAGAGAGCCGCUACCGGACCAUUCCUCCAUGGCAAACAUGUAUAGCGUGUGGGUUGAUUACGACUAUACUAAGGACCACAUGUUGGUGUACGCAGAUGCAGGUGAAGGAACAUCGAAACCUGCAGCAGCUGUAGCCAGCAAGAUCCUCAAUAGGCAAUGGAUGUUUAAAAAAUCAGCAUCAUUUGCCUUUUUCUCUUCGAUGGGGCAACUCCUACAACUGCACACAUGGAACUCAACAGCCGUCAGGCGUCGGCCAUCAUUUUGCGCAAUGCGUCCUCAUAUCCCAAGAGGCAAUCAAUGGACCAUCGCAUUGUCCUCGGUCCUUGGAUCGGCUUGUGCCGCUGCCAUCAUGGCUGCUAUUCUUGUAUACUUGAACUCGAAAUAUAGGAGGUGGAAGAUGGAGCAGGAGAACCUCAUCCGGACCAUGCAGAACCUCCCUGGGGUGCCAACCCAGGUUGACUAUGCCGAGAUCAGAAAGGCCACGAAAAACUUCCAUGACACAAUGAAGCUGGGGAAGGGCGGAUUUGGGGCUGUCUAUAGGUGCACACUUCCUGCUGCUGCUUCAAGGAUGGGACAACAAUCGGUGGAGGUCGCCGUGAAGAAGUUUGUGCAGGAAGAUGAGCAUCGACGCUACGACGAUUUUCUGGCGGAAGUCAGCAUCAUUAACCGCCUUCGUCACAAGAACAUUGUACCACUCAUCGGUUGGUCCUACAACAAAGGGGAGCCCAUAUUGAUCUACGAGUACAUGAUGAACGGUAGCUUGGAUCAACAUCUUUUUCUGAAAGGUGGCACCGCCGGGCAGAGCCAACAUCAACAAGAGGAAACAUCGUCUAUCGGUACAUGGCAAACCCGCUACAGCAUUGCUAAGGACAUAGCCACCGGUCUGCACUAUGUUCACCAUGAGCAUGAGCCAAUGGUGCUACACCGUGACAUCAAAGCAAGCAACAUCAUGGUCGACUCGACCUUCAGCGCGCGUCUCGGUGACUUCGGUAUAGCUUCCACAGUCGCCGUAGACCGGAGCUCCGUCACCGGUAUCGCCGGCACGUGGGGUUACAUAGCGCCCGAGUACGCGUUGACCUUCAGGUCCACACGGCAGACCGAUACCUACGCAUUUGGAGUUCUCAUCCUGGAGCUUGUUACAGGCAAGAAGAACGGCGACGUCCCACCGGACGACGACCACAUCACUGACUGGGUCUGGCGCCUUCACCGGGAGGAGAGGUUGCUUGAGGCUGUGGACGCUUGCAUGCUCACCACAGAAGACGCAGAGGACGACCAGCUGCGGGAUGGCGGCGUCCUUCUGGAGGCUAAGCGUCUCCUGCACCUUGGCUUGGCCUGCACCAACCCGAACCCGUACAAUCGCCCAAGUAUGGUGGAGGCAGUGCAAGUCAUUACCAAGUUAGCGCCACCACCGGAGGUUCCUCUUGAGAGACCCACAUUCAUGUGGCCCCCUCAAGAUUGGCGCGCACGUAACUCUGUGUACAGCACGGCGUUAAGUGAUUGCGAUGAGAGCUCGACGAGCACGGUCGAGACGGUGCAUGUCAGCGACAGCCAGGAGUAUGCUCCGUCUAUCCCCACUGGAGGACAUGGCUCCAUCAGUAGCACAGUGGCGACUGGGAGCCAGUGCCACGGUUCGGCUACGUCCAGGAGCUGA